GAAUUGAUAAGUCGAAGAGAUUAACAAGAUUACUUCGUACAAAGAGAAGAGAUAAAUAGGAAUUCAUUCACUUCAUUUGAUACAAAACUAGCAACAUCUUCACUUGAACCAAAAUGAAACUCAUUCGUUUUAUUUGUGAAAAUAGGUUCAGACUAUUUAAAACAUUGCUCGCUUAUUUGACUUUUUUGUGUUUGGGAUCAGCUUUGAAUCUUCUUGGUUCCAGUUUACUUGAUUUACAAAUACGUUUAAAUGUUGAUUUUGCCAAAGUUUCAUAUUUGAUUCCCUUUCGUAGCGCUGGUCACAUACUUGGUUCAGCUUCUGCUGGAUUCAUUGAGCAGAGAUUUAAUCGAUGUCUCGUCCUUUCCGUUUGCAAUUUGAUUUCUGGCAUCUUUCUUGGUGCUGCUCCAAACUUCUUUCAAUUUGAAUAUGCUGCUUGUUGUCUAUUCAUUUCUGGUAUUGCUCAUGGCAUCAUGGACGUUCUCUGUAAUACAUUGAUUACAGACACAUGGAAGGAUAAAUGUACCAAUUGGCUACAAGCGUUACACAUGUCUGUUGGAAUCGGUUCACUAUUGACUCCAGUCUUGUGUCGACCAUUCUUGAUACCAGAGGAAGGAGAACCAAAUGUCCAAAGAGCGAUAAAUGAAACGUUUGCAAGUCCCAUUAUUGAACCAAUCAAUAUCAAGCCAACUGCGAGUGAUGUAAAGGCACAAUAUGCUUUCAUGAUUAUUGGCGCCAUAUCAGUGGUAAUUGCAUUGCCAUUGGGAUACGUAUAUUUGAAAGAGAGAAGCUAUCAAAACAAAAACAAAAACAAUGUACAAAUAAGUUCCGACAUUGAGCCGAAACAAGAAUGGUCUCCAUUGAAAGCUAACGGAGGAAUCAUUUUAGUAGUGAUCAUCAGUCAUCUUGUGUACAGUUUAGAGGCAGUGAUUGGUUCCCUUGGAGCUUCAUUUUCAGUCAAAUCCGAUCUUCAUAUGGACAAAAGGACUGGUGUUUUACUUGCAACUGUUUUCUGGUCUUGUUUCUCCUUUUAUCGAUUGAUCUUCAUCCCGUUAACAUUCGUUGCAUCCGAAGUAAAGUUACUUCUGGUAAAUCUAUUGUUCAUGUUUAUCGGAGUCGUUAUUUGUGUUCCUUGGGCAAAUACACAUCAAAUCUGCAUUUGGAUUGGAUUCAUUUUCUUAGGAAUGGGUUUAUCUCCGAUAUUUUCAGCUGCAUACGCAAUGUUAGCAAAACACAUUACAAUUACUGGGAAAAUCUCAACAAUUAUUAUCAUUCCUGGAGUCUUUGGUGAAUCAGCUCAUCCUGCACUUGCAGCAACUUUAAUGGCCAACAGUCCAAUUUCAUUUCUUUAUUAUGUUGGGCUACUUGGCAUUCUUCUUGUCGUAACAUUUGGUCUUCUCAUCAUUUAUUGUAAAUUAGUUUUCAGGACACCUAAUGGUCUUCAACGUGGAAUCAAGGAAAGAUUAUCAACUCUCAGCAUAAGUCGCCAUUAAGACUGUCAUCUUAGCAUCUCAUAACAACAAGGAUUAUUAAUUCAAACACGUUGAAAGUUCAAAAAUUUAUACCAAGAUUAAGUUAAAUCUUGCUAUCUCAUGUAAUAAAUUAUCAAAUCACUUUAAAUGAAAACAUAUUUGAAAACUAAUUACUAUAAACAAGAUACAAUUUUAUGACCAUUCACUACAGAACUCUCAACUGGAUUCACACUUGUUGGAUUAGGUAUAUCGACCAUCUUCUUAUUUUCUUGAAUAAAUCAAUAUUUCGUUAUAUCAUGACCCACUAUGAAAUCUAAUACUUUCCCAAAGAAUGAUGAUGAUAACUGAUGCCAUCCUCGAAAUAUUGAAGUACGAACUUUUCAAAUCAAUUACAAUGUAUUAAUAUCAAGAGAACAAUAGAUGGAUAUUAAAAAUAUUGAACGCAU